AUGAUGGUAAUUGAAGUAAGAAAGGUUGGCUUAGUCGCUAUACUAACUUCAUUUGCAACUAUUAUUGCUGCCCUAUAUUUUGUACCUUCUAUUAUUCAUAUGGUUCAACAUAUCGAGGAACGACUGAAAAUAGAUUCGGACGAAUUUCGGCUUAUGGCAGAUGAAGCUUGGGACCAUCUUGCUCGAGUAAAAGGUCUUAGGCGAGCAAAACGGCAGCAUGACAAUCUUCGAACGACAAACGAGUAUUUGAAAAGUUAUGCAAGACACCAAGCACAAUGUGAAUGUGACAUUCAUAACACUUGCCCACCUGGACCACCAGGUCAACCAGGCUUACCGGGAAUGGAUGGAGAACCUGGAUUUCCAGGUGCCCCAGGUGCACCUGGACUGCCGGGAAAUGCCUCUCCAGUUACUGUUGAUUAUGCGACUAAGAUCAAAAUUUUGUUAUUAUCUGAUUUGCAGGCGGGAGGAUGCAGAGUUUGUCCUAAUGGACCGCCGGGACCAACCGGACCUCCUGGAUUACCUGGCGCUACUGGCGAACCUGGAUGCUCUGGACCGAAAGGAAGAAAUGGUGAGCAAGGAAGGCCUGGAUAUCCAGGCAAUGUUGGAGCGCCUGGUUUAUCAGGUAAACCAGGCACUGAUGGUGAUGCAGGGUCCCCAGGCAUUAAUGGAACUCGUGGUUUGAAAGGCUUGCCAGGAAAGAAAGGUGGAGCUGGACCAGCUGGGCCAAAAGGACCAGAAGGGUAUCCAGGACAAAGUGGGCAACGAGGAAGAGAUGGCGAACCUGGUCCUCAAGGCUUUGUUGGUGAAUUAGGUUUGCCCGGCCAACCUGGCACUCCAGGAAUACCAGGUAGACCUGGAAUGGCUGGUGAAGAUGCAAGUUAUUGUUCUUGCCCACCGAGAUCUAUUGCUGUUCACAAGCCAACAAUUUACGUACAGACACCAGCGUAUAUUCAAACGCCGACAUACAUUCAAACACCAGGGAUCCCACAUAUCCAAGAGAUUAUUCCAAAUCCACCAUCUGACGAGUCACAACUUUAUGACAAUAAAAAUGUGUAA